GUUGAUAAUCAAAGAUGUAUCAGUGUCUUUCUCCUGAAACUGAAGUGAUUGGCUUAUUGUCAGAAUCGUAUGUUCGAUGCUAGAAACGGUUACCAUGGAACGAUGCCAGAUGAUAUAAACUUGAUAAGAAAAAGGCUACAGGCAAAAUAUACACGGCAAUGUCGUCACGUCAGAUCAUCGGCUGUUGAUCCUGAUUCCAGCAAAAGGCUGUUAGAUGUUUUUGUCAGCCUGGUCAUGGUUGUGACAACGACUACUUCAUUCUGUAAAAAAGAAACAUCGAUUGAGAUGGAAGGGUUGUAUAAGCUGAUCAAACGCGAAGCUGAAAUAGGAGUACUAACUCGUUUCGCAUUCCUCGGAAAGGUUGGAGUAGGGAAAUCGACGUUAUUUUCAAUGAUAGCCCUAAACUGGGCUUUAGGUAACUGUCUUCAGCAUAUCGAUCUGCUCUUUCUUGAAUCUUUCCGAAAUCUGGAAAAGAGGAAAUUUUUCGGGGAAAUCGUCUUGAGUCGUUUCCCUGAUUUAAAGCGUAUUGACGGUGGUGAGAUAGAUGAAUACAUUGAAAAUAAUCCAGAAAGGGUUAUGAUAAUGCUUGUUGAUCUUGACCUGAAAACAAUGGAUUUAAGGCAUUCAGAUAACGAAAAUUCAAUUGUAUCCAUAGUAAGAGGAGAACGAUUUAUGAACACUCCAGUGUUGAUAACUACCUUUCCUUAUGUAACUGAUCUAAUCAAAAGCAACGAUGAUAUUCGCCAACUCUACACACUAAUAGAGGUCAAGGGAUUUUCCAAAGAGGGCGCUAAUACUUACAUCAAUAACUUUUUCCACAGCAACAAACAGCUGGCUACGGAUCUUCUCAAAUUCAUAAGAUCAAAUGAUCUAAUCUCGGAACAUUUGACGCCUUUUCCCAUUUUCUGCAGCAUACUGUGUAACGUUUGGGAGAAGUCACGUGAUGUAGAAACCAAAGCCUUUGAGACAUUUUCAUUAGUAUUCAAAGAAAUAUGUUUCUCUCUCGUAGACCAGUACAUCCUCAAACAACAUUAUGAUGAUGAAGAAUACAAAACCGCCAUGAAACAAGUUUCCAAUGUAGUAAGUGUUAUCGGCAAAGUAGCCUUUGAUGGUUUGAUAAGAGAUGAACAUUUACUUACCGAAGAAAAAAUGGCACAACAUAAAGAAGAAGCAACCACUGCAUGUGCCAUUGGUAUUCUCGGUAAAGAAAGGGUUUUGGCAUCCCGGAAAUCAAGGCAAGCUGGGGGAGAUCAGUUUGUAGAACAGUUUUAUUUUCCUCAUAAACUUUGGCAGGAGUAUACAGCAAGCUGCCAUCUUGAAUGUAUGUUUCGUAAGGAUUAUCCGGAAUUCAACAGAAUUCUGGAUGAUCAUGUUCUCGGACACUACAAGAAAUUCACAUAUGUCUUGUACUUCGCUGCUUCACUUGGAGGUGAAGUCGGAAAGUCCUUAAUGGAAGCUCUCUGUCGACGAGUCCAUGAUAUGCGUUUCAUCAUUAAUGUUGCCUUUGAAUGUCACGAAGAGGGUGCGCUUGCACCCAUCAAGGAUCUGUUGCUUCGUAAGAGAACGAUUGUAUCAGACCAUUCAGACCAACACAGUCUUUCAGCCACAGUCUUCGCAUUAGAGUCAUUCGGGAAGGAAGUGCUAGAAGAAGUGAAACACAUAUCAGCUGAUAGCCAAUCAGAGGAGACAAGGAUGUACUCAGAUGAUAGAAUAAGUCAAUACGCGAAAGCACUCUUUGAUAUGCCCAAUCUGCGAUCUCUUCAACUGGGGGAUCCAUACCUUGAAGAUGGUGAUUUCUUCUCAAAUAUGGCUACGAAAGCAAGGAAGUCACAGAUAACGACUAUAAAGUAUGGGGGAGGUAGACUGUUGGAUCAAGACUCUGCAAAGCACUUCUCGGAAGCUAUCGUUUCCUUUCCCAACCUUCAAAACCUGGAGUUGUGUGAUUUGGAACUGUCAUCAAGCAAGGACUUCUACGUCAAGUUGGCACAAGGGGCAUCACAAUCGAAAAUUGAGUCGCUGAAGCAUGAAGGAGGGAGUACUUUGGAUCCUACUGCAUCAGCUAAGUAUGCCGAAGCAAUCGUUACAAUGCCGCACCUUCAAACACUUGACCUGAGUGAUGUCAAACUUGAUGAUGAAUUCUACCCCAAACUGGCUGAAGGAGCAUCGAAAUCAAGAAUUGUAACGCUUAAACACGAAAGAGGAAAACUUGGUGAAGUUGCUUCUUCGCGUUACUCCGAUGCUAUCAUGUCAAUGCCAUGUCUUCAAGAACUGGAGAUUUCUAAUAUGACUCUGAACGAUGACUUCUACAAGCCAAUGGCAACCAGAGCGUCAAAUACGAAGAUAAAGAAGCUCAAGCACACCGGUGGAAUUUUGGGACAAGAGGCGUCGUCUAACUACGGGAAAUGUCUGAGUUCUAUGCCAGAUCUCCAAUCAUUAGAACUGGAGAAGGUCAAACUCCACGACGACUUCUAUAAAACUGCAUCUACAGAAGGAUCUAAAUCAAAAAUUGAGGUACUAAGACAUGCGGUUGCGGAAUUGAAUGAUGUCGCAUCCUCUCAUUACGGCCAGAGCCUAUUCUCUUUGCCAAAUCUUCGAUCAUUGGAAAUAGAGCGAGUGAAGCUAAGUUCAGGGUUCUUCUCUACCAUGUCCAAGAAAGCACCAAUGUCAGAGAUAACCAGUCUGAGGCAUGUCGAAGCGACUUUGACUUCAGUGUCAUCUUAUAAUUAUGCGAAAGGACUCUUCUCCAUGCCGAAACUACAAUCAGUAGAAUUGAUAAGAAUAGAGCUGAGUGAUGAGUUCUUCACCACAAUGUCCGAUCAUGAUCAUGCGUCCAACUCAAAGAUUGAGAAACUAAAGUUAUCAGAAGCAAAGCUAAGUAAAAAUGCAUCAGCUCACUUUGGAAAAGGACUAUGUGCUAUGCCAAGGCUUCAGUUAUUGGAGUUACAUUCCGUUGAGCUACAGGAUGAGAGUGCAACGACACUUCUGGGUGAAGCAUCACGUCCGAAAGUUCAUACCAUGGUAAUGAAGAGAUGUACAAUCAAUGAACGUAUCCUGCGAGCCAUUCUUUCCUUUCCCCAACUGCAAUCCCUCUGCUUGGAUCACAACAUCGGUUUUCCUGCGAACACAGAAGAGCGAAAGCCUAUGAAACGCGUCGCAAGUUCUGUGAACGACCUGUCAGUUGAUUGUGGUAGUGUUGCUGCGCUGUGGGAACUUCAACUUCCAACGUCCUGUUCAAAGGUUAAGAAACUAACUGUCUUCUUCUACGACGAGGAUCUUGACUCAUCAAUUAUUAUCACCACAGCAUGUUCACCGUUCCCUAGUCUGACUGAACUUCACAUCCAUUGGCUAAGAUCCCUUGAUCCUGUAAAAUUCUACAACGCUCUGAAGAAGUCAUGCCCUAGACUCAUCAAGCUGACUCUCACCCGCAUUAAGCUGUACAAUGAGAAGGCAUCACAGGUCAUCGAAUGUUGCAGAAAACAUCCAACCCUGAAAUUCAUCGAGAUGGAUUCAUGUUCGACAGAUGGAUAUCUGGAUGCUGAGAUUAUCAAGGUUAACAAUGAAAGGAAGCUUACAGUAAAUGUUACUCAUGGACCGGAAGACAUGCAUGAGGAUAAUGAAUAAGCUGUUAUGUUUGAAACAUAAUCAGGAUACCAGAAAGAACAGACUCAAGGAAAUCUCAAGUCGUUUUGGUCCAAUUAGCAUGCUUGGUGGAUUGAGAUAUGCAAGAUCUUGUCAAUAUCUGGAAGUAAUUUCAUAUGAUAUAUGAAUCAAUUUCAGCGAAAUUGACCGAAAUGACCAACAGCAAGAUGAUGCGAUUAGCUUUGCCAAAGUUGUUUGCACACAAAAGUUAGAUUUCUCGUAAAAAUAAAAAUAACUUGAUAAAUUUGAGCAUUUUAAUGGUGUGAAUCACAUUACCACACAGUAAACCAUUACACUAUUAAUAAAAAGUUCUUUCCAGCACAAAUAUGCCAAAUUGGCUUAACACCGGGGCGGCGGGACCGAGGGGAAAGGGUGGGGGGCAAUCCCCCAAAAAAAAAUCCUCGGAGAAAAAAGUCCUUUUUAAAAACUAUAAUGUGUACUUUUCUAUAUGAAAUAGCCUUUUUAAGUAAAACCAUACAUUUCAGGUUUUCCACAGGGGGGACCGUCCGCCAAAAAAAUUGACAAGCAAAAAAAAAGUUCUUCGAUCGAUCACAAAUAAAGGCUUUCGUACCGGAAAAAAAUUGACAAGC